CUGAUUCAGUAUUCGAUUCUCUUUCGUUAUUCGUCAGCAGUAUUCAAGGAAUAAUUGUUUUCUCUUGACAAGUAACGAAAGAAAAUUAAUUUCUAGAUUCUCUACUUUUCUAAAGGAUUUUAUGCAAAUAUAAUAUAAUGGCUACAAAUAAUGAAAUAGCUGCAGAUGUAGUUUGGGAAGAAAUGAAGAGUCUUGCUAUUGAACAGCAGCAAUGCUUCUAUGAAUGUCUUCCUGACUGCACAGAAUAUAAAUUUAAUGAACAUAAAUAUUUACAACACAAUAUUGGCUAUGCGAUUUUUGGAUUACCAAUGAAUAAUAAAGAUGCGAGUACAACAAGAAACGAUUGUUGUUACUGGAGAUCUGAAAAUUCAAAUAACACAGAUGCAGAUAUAACUGAUACAAUAGAAUAUGAUGGAAAAGCGAAAAAUAUCAUAGACAUAAUAUAUAAUAAGAUUCGUGAAUGUACAAUAGGCACUGAUAAUACUCAACCAAUUUAUUUUGGUAUAAUUUACAAUAUAAUAUUCCGUCCUAAAAUGAAUGUAAAACCAAAGAAAAAAGAAGUAAAAAAGGAAGCAAGAAAAGAAACAGAUGUAUAUGAAUCAGUAAAACAAGAAGAAGAAGAAAAAGAAUUUGCACUUAUCCCCAUUUUUAAAAUUAGGAAAAAUAUUCAAAAAGAAUCCAGCAAUGCAAAACAAACAGAAAAUACAACCACUAAAGAACAAGCAUAUUAUGAAACGUUGUAUAUUGAUACUUCUGGCAGAGUAUAUAAGAGUUGGGAAGAUUAUAUAGAAAAAAACAAUUUACCAAAAUGCACUAUGAUUCUACCCAAAGGUGGGUUUUAUCAAGCAGAUUUACUCUAUCCAGUAACAGAAGACUAUUCAACAGUUUGGCUGGAAGUCAGAGAAUCUCCCGCAUGCCGAUGGACAAAAAGAAUCUGCAAUGGGAUAGAUGUUGUUUCUAAUAUUGCUGGAUUUGGCACAGCUGGCUUAGGUGUUGCAGCAUUGUUCACACCUCUCGCACCAGUUGCUGUUAUAACAGGUCUUGUUGCUACUGGUAUAACUAGUGCUUGGACAGUCGGCCGGUCUUCUCAGGAAUUGAUAGAUCGUAGGAAACAUGAACAAUCUAUACAUCUCAUGGAUAAAGAGGCGCUACCUCAUUGGCUUGGUAUAGCUGGUACAACGUUUGGUUUAGGAGUAGUUGGAGGAUCAGCAGCUCUAUCCAAAGCGGCUGCAAACGGAAAAACGAUACCCACCUUAGCAAAAGCAGCGUUUAACACCGUGCAAGGUGGUAAUCUAAUCUUUAAUGGCGUUGGUAUCGUAUAUCAGGGUUUCUCUUUAGUAGAUAAAUAUAGAACAGACAAGACUGUUAGUCACAAAGACGCAUUAUAUUUGGCAAUGCAUGUUAUGUUCUUCGCCGGCAGUGUGGUAAAGAUUCAAUUCGCCAAUGAUAUUGUCGAGAGUACUCAAGGUAAAGUCAUUAAUGAUUAUAAAGAUACUCUGUGUAAAAAGAAUCUACGUAAGAAGUUUAAUCGCGUCGCGCGAAAGGCUGCCGAGAGUAAUACAUGUAAAAUAUCUGAGAACGCGGAAGUAAUACAAUACAUAAAACAUCGUGAACAGAUAUUAUCUGCUAACCAGCCUGUUUCUCUUGGUCAAACAUUAGAGAAGAAUUCACAUAAUAUUGUAUGGUCGCUCGAACAUGGUAAAUUGAAAGUCAAUGGAAUUGUAUUAUUAGAUCCUAAGGAAUUUGUUCUUUGUCUCAUGAAAUCGGGUAUAUUUAAUGAAAACUGUUCAUCUGUCUCCCGGAACGAUGAUAAUUCUAUCAAUGAUCAGUUAGUAAACUUAUUUCAUGAUUUAUUAACGAAAUUCUAUUUGAGCGACGCUUGUCCCAGGAGUAAGAAUCUACCAAUGAUUCCUGAUUUUGAACCACUUAUUAAAGAUAUGAGUUCUAUGAAAAUCGAUGAAAAGUGUCUAAAAAAAGUGUUUAAUAUUGUUGAAAAAUUAAUGAAACGUUCUCAAAAUAAGGAAGAUUUUUUACUUCUAGCUUUUGGCUUUGUUUGGCAGUAUUGUAAAGCAAACUUAAAACAAUGGGGCAUUGAUUCGUGUCAUCGCAUGCGAAGCAAUUCAGGCUCCAACAUUUUACAGAAGAUUAUUAUUGCUGUUUCCGAAGCAAUCGACAUAAUAAUUAACAAUCUUUGUUAUGCCUUUGCACAAUAUUUAAAAGCUAAUUCAUAGAACUAAAUCAAGUAUAAUUUAAUAUAGGAAACAAAAAUUAAAAGUAAUAUGCACAAUAACUUAUAGAAAGAAGAAGUGAAUUUUGUAAAAAUAUAUUGCAUGAAUUAAUAAGCUAAUAGAAGUAUCAGUUUUAGAAUAAAACAAUGCCUUAGAGGAACUUUUGACAUACAAAUAAUAUGAUGCACGUGAUAGCUUUCUAGUUAUAAUGUUAAUUAUCUCUAUAAAAAGAAGAAACGAAAAUAUAUUUAUAUUAUAUAAAAUUUU